UUCUCCGGACUUCCAAAAGGCAACGGGCAGGCGACAGGCGCGCACUGUAUCCGCCUAUUAGCGGCACAUGGCGUUGCCGCACGGUGUGUUUUUUCUUCUUCCGCACACUACUAGUUGAAGUGGUAACUAGGAGAGCAUGACUAACUAGUUGUGGGUGAAAUUAUGGGAUGCAUCGUCAUGGCAACAGACCAGACGUCACAAUCUGGGCAUGUGUGUUCCAUUUUUGUCUUUCUUAUUUUUCAGACUGGAAGACCUGGAUAGAGAUCAGUGGAAAAAAAAAUAAUUAUAAAUGUUUUUUAUUUUUCACUCCCGGAGAGAAAGCCCCAGAUUUACUGCAAACAAAUAAAAUUAAAAAAAAAAAAAUUAUCUCAACUGAGCGGCGAAUACAUUUCUUUUUCUUUUUUUUUUUUUGGUGAAGAAAGAGACUGGGCUGCGGCGUCUGGAGGGUUAACUUUCAGUAUUCUCAGUCUAAAAGGGGGUUUGGGGGCUAUGAGAUAAAGAUGCCGGGGUCGCUGAGUAAUGAAGACGAGGGACAAGACGACAUGGAUUUUGAAGACGAUAUGCCAGACGAGGAUGACGAAGGUGAACGCAACACUGUUCCCCUUACACCCCUUGACAGCUUCUUCUCUGACAACGACUCCCUCAAACAACAAAAGAAGAAGAAGCCCAAAAAGAUGAAAGAGGGGAAAAUGCCCAAAGUAAAGAAGAGGAAAAAGGAGGGGGGAAUCCAGGCAAGAGUUGACAGCGACCUGGAGGAAACCUCAGAGGUGGAGGAGGAACGGGAACGUCCAGAAAUAGGCUCUGAGAGCGAGAACAGCACGUAUGGCCCAACCAAAAAGAAGAAGAAGAAACCUAAGGAGAAGAAGGAGAAGAAGCCCAGGAAGAAGAAGAGAGAUGAGGAAGAUGAUGAUGAUGACGACGAUGAUGGGAACCUGAAAGAACCCAAGUCAUCCAGCCAGUUGAUGCAAGAGUGGGGUCUCGAAGACGUUCAGUAUGGCUUCACCGAGGAUGACUAUAAGACCAUCACAAACUACAAGGCUUUCAGCCAGUUCCUCAGGCCUCUCAUUGCCAAGAAGAACCCGAAGAUUCCCAUGUCAAAGAUGAUGACAGUGUUAGGGGCCAAGUGGCGAGAGUUCAGUGCCAACAACCCGUUCAAAGGCGCAUCUGCCACCGCUGUGGCCGCCGCUGUGGCUGCCGCCGUGGAAACCGUUACCGUGGCACAGCCGACGUCUGUCAGCAGCAGCCAGCCGAGCUCUCAGCUGGGGCCAAUCAAAAAAGCCAAAACCAAAGAGGGAAAGGGACCAGGAGUUAGAAAGAGAAGCAAGACUGUGAAGGAGGUGAAGAAGAAACCCAAGCCGAAGAAGACAAAAUCAAAGUCGGGCCAAAGCGGGAAGAAGAAGAAAGCGUCCUCGAGUGAGGAGGACUUCCUGGAGGAGUCGGACUUUGAUGACAUCAGCAUCCACAGUGCCUCUGUGCUUUCUGAUACCUCGGGGGCCGCCACCAAGAAAAAGGCCCGGCGUGGGCGGAAAAAAAGGAAAAAGGAAGAUGGCGAUGGUUAUGAGACAGACCACCAGGACUACUGUGAGGUUUGCCAGCAGGGUGGAGAGAUCAUCCUGUGUGACACCUGUCCCAGAGCGUACCACCUGGUCUGUCUGGACCCUGAGCUGGAGAAGGCCCCCGAGGGCAAAUGGAGCUGUCCACACUGUGAAAAAGAGGGUAUACAGUGGGAGGCCAAAGAUGAUGAGGAGGAGGAGGAAGAGGCUCCAGGCGAGGAAGAGGAUGACCACAUGGAGUUUUGCAGAGUGUGUAAAGACGGAGGGGAGCUGUUGUGUUGUGACACCUGCCCAUCUUCCUACCACAUCCACUGCCUCAACCCACCUCUCCCCGAGAUACCCAACGGGGAGUGGUUGUGUCCGCGCUGUAUGUGCCCUCCCCUCAAAGGUAAGGUCCAAAAGAUUCUGCACUGGACAUGGGGAGAACCCCCGUUGCCAGCUGAACUGCCUGCAGGCCCUGAUGGCAAGCCAAAUGAUCCACUGACCAAGCCUCCACUCAAGGGCCACCCAGAGAGGGAGUUCUUCGUAAAGUGGGCUGGCCUUUCGUACUGGCACUGCUCCUGGGUCAGCGAGCUGCAGUUGGAGCUGUAUCACACCGUUAUGUAUCGGAACUACCAGCGUAAGAACGACAUGGACGAACCUCCGCCGUAUGACUACGGCUCCGGAGAGGAGGAGCUCAACAGCGAGAAGAGGAAGAGCAAAGACCCCCAGUAUGCUGUGAUGGAGGAGCGCUUCUACCGCUAUGGCAUUAAACCAGAGUGGAUGGUUAUGCACCGGAUACUCAACCACAGUUAUGAUAAGGAUGGUGAUGUGCAUUACCUGAUCAAGUGGAGAGACCUGCCCUAUGACCAGUGCACCUGGGAGGUGGAUGACUUUGACGUCCCAGAAUAUGACAGUCACAAAGCUUCUUAUUGGGACCACAGGGAACAAAUACUAGGUGAGGACCAACGCCCCCUGGUGGUGAGGAAAGGAAAGAGACUCAAAGAGGACCAUCAAAAGAGGGAGGUCCCUCCUGAUGCUCCCAUCAUAGAUCCAACCAUCAAGUUUGAGCACCAGCCGUGGUACAUUAACGCCACUGGGGGAACACUGCACCCAUACCAGCUGGAAGGCCUGAACUGGUUGAGGUUCUCCUGGGCGCAGGGCACAGACACCAUCCUGGCUGAUGAGAUGGGUCUCGGAAAGACGGUGCAGACAAUAGUGUUUCUCUACUCACUCUAUAAGGAGGGUCACUCUAAGGGACCUUUCUUGGUGAGUGCACCCCUCUCCACUAUCAUCAACUGGGAGAGGGAAUUUGAAAUGUGGGCUCCAGAUUUCUACGUGGUGACAUACACUGGAGACAAAGACAGCCGGGCAAUCAUCAGGGAGAACGAGUUCACUUUUGAAGACAGUGCAGUGAAAUCAGGACGCAAGGUGUUUCGCAUGAAGAAAGACACUCCUAUCAAGUUCCACGUGCUGCUGACAUCCUAUGAGCUCAUCACCAUAGAUCAAGCCAUUCUGGGCUCCAUCACAUGGGCCUGCCUGGUGGUAGAUGAGGCCCACAGACUGAAGAACAACCAAUCAAAGUUUUUCAGAAUUCUCAAUGGGUAUAAGAUCUACUACAAGCUGCUGCUCACUGGGACUCCUCUUCAGAACAACCUGGAAGAGCUGUUCCACUUGCUUAACUUCCUCACCCCAGAGCGCUUCAAUAAUCUGGAAGGCUUUCUGGAGGAGUUUGCUGAUAUCUCCAAGGAGGACCAGAUCAAGAAGCUCCAUGACCUGCUCGGCCCUCAUAUGCUCAGAAGGCUGAAAGCCGAUGUCUUCAAGAACAUGCCUGCAAAGACAGAGCUGAUUGUCAGAGUGGAGCUCAGCCCCAUGCAGAAGAAAUAUUACAAGUUUAUUUUGACGCGAAACUUUGAGGCUCUGAACUCCAAAGGUGGAGGGAACCAAGUGUCCCUGCUCAACAUUAUGAUGGACCUGAAGAAGUGCUGCAACCAUCCCUACCUGUUCCCCGUGGCUGCUGUGGAAGCUCCUGUAUUACCCAAUGGUUCAUAUGAUGGCAACCUACUGGUGAAGUCCUCAGGAAAACUGACGUUGCUUCAGAAAAUGCUGAAGAAACUCAAAGAUGAAGGACACAGAGUUCUCAUUUUCUCUCAGAUGACAAAGAUGUUGGAUCUGCUUGAGGAUUUUCUUGAGUUCGAGGGUUACAAAUAUGAACGUAUUGAUGGAGGGAUUACUGGAGGCCUGAGGCAGGAGGCCAUUGACCGCUUCAAUGCUCCUGGCGCUCAGCAGUUCUGCUUCUUGCUUUCAACACGAGCUGGAGGUCUUGGCAUCAACCUUGCGAGUGCAGACACUGUCAUCAUCUACGACUCUGACUGGAAUCCUCACAAUGACAUUCAAGCUUUUAGCAGAGCCCACCGUAUUGGCCAAAACAAGAAAGUGAUGAUCUAUCGUUUUGUGACGCGGGGCUCAGUGGAGGAGCGAAUCACUCAGGUGGCGAAGAGGAAGAUGAUGCUGACCCACCUGGUGGUGAGGCCCGGCCUGGGCUCCAAAACAGGCUCCAUGUCCAAACAAGAAUUGGACGACAUCCUCAAGUUUGGCACUGAGGAGCUUUUCAAGGAUGAAAUGGAAGCAGCCCGAACCAUGGGUCAAAACAUGAAGCGCUUCUCGACAACAACAGGUGACAACAAAGAUGGUGAGGAGGGUAAUGUCAUUCACUAUGACGAUGAUGCUAUCUCGAAGCUGUUGGACCGCAGCCAGGACGCCACUGAAGACACAGAGAUUCAGAACAUGAACGAGUACCUGAGCUCCUUCAAGGUGGCUCAAUAUGUGGUGAAAGAAGAGGACGGAGAGGAAGAGGUGGAGCGGGAGAUCAUCAAGCAGGAGGAGAACGUGGAUCCAGACUACUGGGAAAAACUCCUUCGCCACCACUAUGAGCAACAGCAGGAGGAUCUGGCCCGCAACCUUGGCAAAGGAAAACGCAUCCGAAAGCAGGUCAACUACAAUGAUACGACUCAGGAGGACCAAGAGUGGCAGGAUGAUCUUUCAGACAAUCAGUCGGAGUACUCUGUGGGGUCCGAGGACGAGGACGAAGAUUUUGAGGAGAGACCUGAAGGUGGACGCAGACAUUCUCGUCGGCAGCUGAAGAGUGAGAAAGACAAACCUCUGCCACCCUUACUGGCGCGAGUUGGGGGCAGUAUUGAGGUUCUGGGGUUCAACGCCCGCCAGAGGAAAGCCUUCCUCAAUGCCAUCAUGCGCUGGGGCAUGCCUCCUCAGGAUGCUUUCAACUCCCAUUGGCUGGUUAGAGACCUGAGAGGCAAGAGUGAGCGUGAGUUCAGGGCCUACGUGUCUCUAUUCAUGAGACAUCUAUGUGAGCCGGGGGCAGAUGGAGCAGAGACCUUUGCUGACGGAGUCCCGCGUGAGGGACUGUCUCGUCAGCAUGUUCUUACCAGGAUCGGAGUCAUGUCCCUUGUCAGGAAAAAGGUGCAAGAGUUUGAGCAUGUAAAUGGAAAGCUGAGUUCUCCAGAUCUAAUUCCCAUCGGCAUGGAGCUGAAGAAGCUGACUGAGAGUUUAUCUUCUGAUCCCAACACCCCUGUGCCAGCCAGCCCUGUCGCUACACAGCCGGGCACUCCCGUCCCGCCAGAGAAGACGGAUUCUCUCUUGGGUACUGCUGAGGACAAGGAGACCACAGAGCAAGAUAGCAAGAAAGUGUCAGAGCAGGAAGCUUUCAGUGCAGAGCCAGCAUCUGUACCUGAGAAGGCAGCUGACAGUGAAGAGAGCAAGGCCAGCACAGAGGAGAAAACAGGAGAUGAGAGGGACACAACCGAGUCACCCUCUACAAAGACAGAGCCAUCUGCCAACCCAAAAGAGUCUGUUUUGAAACAGACCGAGCUGUCAUCCAGUCAAACCUCACCUAAAAUGGAUCCCUGCAAAGAAACAGAGAGGUCCUCAGAAAAAGGAGAUACUGAUUCUCCUCUGGCAAAAACUGAAGACAAGGAAAACAAGCCAGCAGACGAUGUGAAGAGUGAGGAUGCAUUAGAGGGUCGAUUGAAUGGAGACAAAGAUACUUUGGAUGAGAUCGAUGAGAGCAGGAAGGAGGACAAAAAUGGAUUCAAAGCCAAGUUCAUGUUUAAUAUCGCUGAUGGAGGUUUUACAGAAUUGCACACCCUCUGGCAAACUGAAGAGCGAGCGGCGCUGUCUUCUGGAAAGAUGCAUGAUAUCUGGCACCGUCGCCAUGACUACUGGCUGUUGGCUGGCAUCGUAACACAUGGCUAUGCUCGCUGGCAAGACAUUCAGAAUGACCCACGCUAUGCUAUUCUGAAUGAACCCUUCAAGACUGAGAUGCAUAAGGGCAACUACCUGGAGAUGAAGAACAAGUUCCUGGCUCGCCGCUUUAAGUUGUUGGAGCAGGCUCUGGUGAUUGAGGAGCAGUUGAGGAGGGCAGCUUACCUGAAUAUGACCCAGGACCCGAGUCACCCGGCCAUGGCUCUCAACACUCGCUUCACUGAAGUGGAAUGUCUGGCAGAGUCUCAUCAGCACCUGUCCAAAGAGUCCCUGGCCGGGAACAAGCCUGCCAAUGCCGUGCUGCACAAAGUGCUCAACCAGCUGGAGGAACUUCUGAGUGACAUGAAAGCAGAUGUGACACGACUGCCCAACAUGCUCUCCAGGAUCCCGCCGGUGUCAGCCCGUCUGCAGAUGUCCGAGAGGAGCAUCCUGAGCCGCCUCACCAGCCGAGGAAGCGAGCCUCCGCCACAGCAGGUGAGAUGGGACGCGAUCAUCAAAAAGCCUUUCAGUCAGGGUGGGUUUGGCUGCUCCCAGAUGUACAGCAGCAGCUUUGGUGGAGGAUUUAGAGGACCAGGUGGACAGCCCAUGGUCAACUACAGUCAGAUGCCUCUGGGACCCUACGUCAGCGUGUCCACUAAUGGCCCUCCACCCCCUACAAGCCAUCUGGACAAGAAGUCACUUGAAUCCUUGAGAGACGUGGCUACGCCUGACCUCAAGUCGGGCAAACCUAGUGAUGUCAUCUGUAUUGAGGACUAGACCAGCUGUGUAACACUGACCUCAGGUCAGAAACUCCCAGGUAUGGAUUCUGUAUGGAUGACAGCUGCCCAUCUCUUCCACCACAUCCUCCUACUUCUCCUGCUCCUUCCUGACUUAAAAAUCUACAAAAUCAAGCUGUCUGUCUGCGGAUAAGGCGAUUAACUUUUUGAUUAAUGCAGAUGUAUCUAUCUUAACAAUUGCACUUUUAUCUUUCAAGGAUUCUAUAGAAGUAUUUCAGUAGAUGUUUGCUUUUGUUUACCUGUGCUGGAGAGCCGAAGAUUAGGAGGGAAAAUGAAGCAGCUUUUCGGAAAGAGGAAUUUUUUUUCCAGCCCUGCACUACAAGGCAGAACUCAAGCAAGUUGGCAUGACUGAGUUUCAGAUGCUCUUGAUUGGGGCUCAUUCUAAUCUUGGAAUGUGUGUUUUGUUCGUGCCAGCCUCGAAUUUGUCAUUCUGCGUGCCCCCUGUUGCUUUUAUCCAUCUGCCUAUUCACUGUACACUGUGACUGUGCCCACUGGAGCUUGUUCUCUGUGAAGAGGAGUGGAGUUAAGGACGUCUUCAGUCAUAGUUUGAUAGGAGGCUGUUUUCCUGAGGGCCGAUAUUGUUACUUUAAAUGAAUAUGUGUUUUGUCAUUCAUGUAGUAACCAGUGGAUAAAUUAUUGAUUUGAAAGCAUCAAAAACUAUUAUCAUGUAUGCAGUAGCUGGACACAGUCUGUCUGAAUCCUCUAAAGACUGCCACCCGCUGGUAAUUUGGAGAAAGUAAUCUCUGCCAAACCUGCAGAUACACUUGACUGCAGUACCAGUAACCUGUGAGGGUUGGCUUCUUGUACUGUAUAUACUCAGAGACUGCUGUUUAUUUUACCUCACAUAGGUCUAAUCAUAGUGAAAAUAUGUAUACAUACAAGGAUGAAAUCAGAAGCCUGGCUUGGCGUCGUACAUGAAGAUCAAGCAGAGAAGAAAACUGCUGCAGGAGUGGCAAAAAUGAUUUUUAACGCAUUUCAGAGAAGACUGAGUAUUUCUGUGUAUGGUACAAUAUUUGUGAUUCUUAUUAUAUUUGAAUGUUAGUAGUGGCUGUAGAGCUUAACCCUGGGGCCAUGACCAGUGGGACUGCACUAUAAACAGGAACUCAUCUGGUCUACAUCCACAUACAGGGCUGUUCAGGCCUGACUGAGAACAGAGUCCUGAGUGGAGAGUGGCUUUUUUCCUCUUAGGUACAUCCCAGGGACUUUCCGGGUUCCCUUUCAUUGUUAUAACUGAAUAAGAACAUAUGUGCUUAUGGCGCAGUGUCACCUUAAGUCUAGUAUUUGUCUCUUUCUGUUAAGGUAAAAUAAGAUGUAUUUGGUCACUUGGUGCCAUUAAAGAAAAUGAUCCAGUAUGAUUUGUUCUUUGAUGCAGUGUAUUUCCUCCACGGAGGUGAAGACUGUAAUUGGUGGUGUCACAGUCUAAACCUACAUUUGAAGGAAUGUUCUCUGUACAUCAGCUUCUAAGGACCAAUGUUGCACAGCAUUAAUCUUUAGAUUAUGUCUUCACUUCCAGUUUCCUCAGUUCUGUUUGGGUUCUUUCGAGAGUGUAUUUUGCUGCCUAUUGCUUUACCUGGUGUGAAGACACAUUAGCAUGGUAUAGCUACAUAUCUUGUCCAUUCCCUCUACUACUAUUAUGUGCUAAAGUGACUGUCCACUAAGUAAAACAAUCUUUUAUAAAUUCAAGCUUACUAUAUUUCCUUUUCUAUGAAGGCAUUGCUCGAAUGUUUGGACUCCAAGUGCAAAUUGCUAUUGCCAUAAAUUUGUCUUUUUUUUCUUUUUCCAAAGACCAGUGGCGUUACCUGUUUGUAUUAUUAUUGCCAUUGCCACAGCACUUAUUUGACAUUGUUUGGAUGAUGAUUGUGAUUGGACUAAUCUAAACUGAAGAGGUAGAGUUGUACAGAGUUGUUGAGUGUAUUUUCUUACUCUCCUUUUGCCACUUCAAAUGGUUGUCCUGAGGUGCUCUCUUCUGACCCCUUGUCACUAACUUAGAUUGUCACUGCAACCUCCUCGCCCAUCAUUUCUCAGACAACAUGCUUUAACUUUACAACUAAAAUUCAGUUUCAAAACAUCAAAUGAAUCUUGAAGUGCAUCAUAUCAGUUUUUGCUCUUCUUUGUUAGUGUUUAUCAGUGCUGUUUUGUUCACUGUGUUUCUGUUCAUGCCAUCAAUUACUUGACCAUGACAUGUAUUAGGUUUCUUGACAGAUAGAACCUCAGAAACAUGUAAAUACUUGAAAGAUUUUUCAGAGAUAAGUCCAUCUCAUACAGAUUUAUGUAUCAAACUGAAAAAAAGAUGAAUGUCUGCUGGAUGGUGUUGCCAUAGAACUGCAGUGUGCACCGUAUGUGCUCAUCAGUCAAAAUCAUGUCCUUUUCCCUCUGGAGUGAUGACCAUGAGAUGACGUCAAAAACACAAUACUCCAAUGAAAUGCAAUCAAACUGAAGUCAGUAUGAAUGUAAUGUCUGUUAGAAAAAAAAGGCUUCAGUCUAAUAUUAUAAAUAUGUUAACAAUGUAUGUACAUGCUUAUUAACAUGGCUUCAAAAGCUACCAAAAGACCCUGAUAAAAGGCACCUUUGUUGCAGUGAAUGCACAGCAUGUGAAGCGUUUGAUAUGACGGUUCACUUUGGGGAGGUGGUAGUGUAUCUAGCAUUUACAGACAAUGAGCUCCAAGCAGUGUUAUGGUUCUGAUAUUUGUGCUGUAUAGCAAUUGAAUGAAAAAGUGAAUUGUCAUCUUUUUAUUUGUAUUCUGUGUAUUUGUUCAAUGUGUUUUAAUAAAUCUUCUGGACAACA